GCAGAGUUGGUUAGCAGGACAGAGGGAUUAUACACUUUACUGGAGACAAUACAAGGACUUUAACAGCAGCAGUCAUGGUGGAUGCAGCAGCAGCGGAGCAGUUCCUGGAUGCCAACCCGCAAUUUGCCAAGCAGUACUACGACAUCAACUUCCGGCCUAAGGUCAUCUCGGACCUGUUGGACAACAACCGAAAGGCGGCACUGGACGUUGGCAAGUUUCAUGAGCUGUCGACGGUGGAGGAGAGCGAAGUCCUCUUUGACUUGAUGCGGGACAUCCAGGACAACCUGCAGAUGGAGAAGUCCAUCUUCAACCUCAUGAGACACCUCAGCUUCAUGAUGAGGGCUGACCGCAUGAGCCUCUUCAUGUACCGGCAGAGGAAUGGUGUAGCUGAGCUGGCAACAAGGUUAUUUAACGUCCAUAAAGAUGCAGCAUUUGAUGACUGUCUGGUGCCACCUGACAGUGAGAUUGUUUACCCGUUGGAUAUGGGCAUUGUGGGCCAUGUGGCCUCCACCAAGAAGAUGGUCAACAUUCCUGAUGUGUCUGAGAGCCCUCAUUUCAGUGACUUUGUGGAUGAGCUGACAGAGUAUCAGACCAAGAACGUCCUCGCCAUCCCAAUCAUGAACGGUAAAGACAUGGUGGCCGUCAUGAUGGCCAUCAACAAGUUGGACGGAACGCGCUUCACUGCCAAGGAUGAAGAGACCCUAAACAAGUACCUGAACUUUGCCAACCUGAUCCUGAGAGUUUUCCAUCUGAGUUACCUGCACAACUGUGAGACCAGGAGGGGACAGGUGCUGCUGUGGUCGGCCAGCAAGGUGUUUGAAGAGCUGACGGACAUAGAGAGGCAGUUCCACAAAGCCCUGUACACAGUCAGAGCUUUCCUCAACUGUGACCGCUACUCUGUGGGUCUGCUGGACAUGACCAAGACCAAGGAGUUCUUUGACCUGUGGCCCGUUUUGAUGGGAGAGGUUCCACCAUACGAUGGACCCAAAACUCCUGAUGGCAGGGAAAUUAUCUUCUACAAACUGAUCGACUACAUCCUCCACGGCAAAGAGGACAUCAAAGUCAUACCGAGUCCUCCAGCAGAUCACUGGGCCCUGAUCAGCGGUUUACCCACCUACGUCGCCGAGACUGGACUGAUUUGUAACAUAAUGAACGCAGCAGAGGAUGAAACUUUUGAAUUCCAGAAAGAGCCUCUGGAUGAUUCUGGCUGGACCAUUAAGAACGUCCUGUCGAUACCAAUUGUCAACAAGAAAGAGGAGAUAGUGGGUGUGGCCACGUUCUAUAACAGGAAGGAUGGGAAACCCUUUGAUGAAAUGGAUGAAACACUGAUGGAGUCUCUGACCCAGUUCCUGGGCUGGUCGGUGUUGAACACUGACACCUACGAUAAGAUGAACAAGCUGGAGAACAGGAAGGACAUCUUCCAGGACAUGGUGAUGUACCAUGUCAAGUGUCGCAAGGAUGAAAUCCAGAACGUUCUGAACACCAGGGAGAGAUGGGGGAAGGAGCCAGAUGAGUGCGAGGAGGAAGAGCUCCAAGAGAUUCUGUCAGAGGUUUUGCCGAGUGCGAAGAAAUCUGAGAUCUUGGAGUUUCACUUCUGUGACUUUGAGCACAGUGAACUGGACCUGGUGAAGUGCGGCAUCCAGAUGUACUACGAACUGAAAGUGGUGGACAAGUUUCACAUUCCCAGAGAGGCCCUGGUGAGGUUUGUUUACUCUUUGAGUAAAGGCUACAGGAAGAUCACCUACCACAACUGGAGACAUGGAUUCAACGUCGGACAGACCAUGUUCACCCUGCUGAUGACCGGCGAUCUGAAGCGUUACUACACAGACCUGGAGUGUAUGGCCAUGGUGACUGCUGGCCUCUGCCACGAUAUUGACCACAGAGGAACCAACAACCUCUACCAGAUGAAGUCUGGUAAUCCUCUGGCGAAGCUUCACGGCUCCUCCAUCUUGGAAAGACACCAUCUGGAGUUUGGCAAGACUCUGCUGAGAGAUGAAUCACUGAACAUUUAUCAGAAUCUAAACCGCCGGCAGCACGACCUCGUCAUCCACCUCAUGGACAUCGCCAUUAUCGCUACUGACCUGGCUCUCUACUUCAAGAAGAGGACAAUGUUCCAGAAGAUUGUUGACCAGUCCAAGACCUACGAGAGCUGGACCGACUGGACCAAGUACAUGAUGCUGGAGACCACGCGUAAAGAGAUCGUCAUGGCCAUGAUGAUGACAGCCUGUGACCUGUCUGCUAUCGCCAAGCCGUGGGAGAUUCAGAGCAAGGUGGCGCUGUCUGUAGCUGCAGAGUUCUGGGAGCAGGGAGACCUCGAGAGGACGGUCCUGGAGCAACAACCCAUUCCCAUGAUGGACAGAAACAAAGCAGAGGAGCUGCCGAAGCUGCAGUGUGGUUUCAUCGACUUUGUCUGCGCUUUUGUGUACAAGGAGUUCAGCCGUUUCCACGUGGAGAUCACCCCCAUGCUGGACCGCCUGCUGAACAACAGGAAGGAGUGGAACGCCCUGAAGGAGGUGCACGAAGCCAAAGUGGCUGCCAUUGAGGAAGCCAAGAAAGCCAAGGAGGAGGAGGCUCAGAAAGCUGUGGCAGCCAAACAAGCGAGUGCAGCCCAGUCACAAUCAAAGACUUGUAUUCUCAGCUAGAGAGGCUACAAUAGCACCACCUUGUUUGCAACAUGGUUAUGGUCCAAUACUGGAUUUAUGCAAAAGAUUUUCUCCUUUUAUUCUUUUUAAAUCCAGUUUACAGAGAGGAUGUCUCUCACUUCUCCUGCAUUUACUGAAAUCUCCUUUCUGCACUGCUUCUUCCUGUCCUUGCUGCUUUGAUACUGUGUUACUCAUUAGAUGCACUUGGCUUCAUGUUGUGUUCAGGUGUUUGCAGGAAGCUCCAACAUCUAACAUUUGAGAGUCGGUUACCAAAAAGCAUUACAUGCAGCAAGCUAUGUGUUUUGUCUGUACUUUGUCAAGAAUUUGGAAGCUUCCUGGACUGAAAAGGUUCAAAUGGCAACUCGGGUGUUAAAUGUCAUCUUACCUACAAGCCUGUAAUGCUGUACUGGCAUUAACUGAGUCCAGCAGCUGCCUAGAAAGGUCUGUUAUAGAAAAUGCUCAGCAGAAAUGUUACAGUACACAGUCUGCUGAGGAGCUAAUGGGCUAAAACAUGCAAAGCAUUAGUUUGUUCCUUUAAGUAUCUGUGAUUGCGGCUUGUGGGUUAGCAGCAGAUGUAACCUACACUGACCUUUAAUAAUCUACACAUUUGUGUUGUAAACACCAGUGUCUCCUGAUUACACUUCAGUGUCAGCUCAAAUGUUCAGUAUAUGCUCUCAGAUGAAAGGUCUGGGUCAGUCUGAGGACGUCAGAGAGUUUCUCAGUAGACUGAAAAAGUUCUAGACAUUUGUCUUGAUGAAGCAAAUGCAAACUUAUUGUUAUGUAUUCUUAUUAUGAGCUGUAAAGAACAUCAAGGCAAAAAAGAUCCAAGACAAUCUAUAAAUUAAAGCUUCAGUGUGACUCUUUGAUUCUGUGCAUUUUGUAGUUGUGGUUCUUUUAUGAUGGAGAUGUGUUUAUACACAGAGAGGGAACACGCUCCAACUCUGGUUAAUGACAUUCGUCACUGGGCGUUUCCAUAGUGUCUGUGAGUCAAGUGUUAUUUUAUAUUUUUGGCUCAGGUCUUCCGACAUUAGUUGUGUUGACAUGUUUGUCUCAGCUUCUUCUUCGUCUGUGCUGUCAAAGGUUCAGAACGGAGAAAUUUAUAAAUGCAAACGCAGAACAUGGCUUGCAAAAUAGAUGCACGCUGAAAAUACCUUCAUGUACUCUGUUGUUCAGUUAUUGGUUGGUUAAAGACGGCUUACCUUCUCUGCUGCACUGGUUUUUACUGUACACUGUGUAUUAAAGUAUGUUACAAGAUAAUAAUCCUUUUUAGCAUUUGUGAUAUUUAAUGUAAAUGUUUGUAGAUACUUGCGCAGAAAUCUAAUGCAGAUCAGCGGAGAUGAAACAGUUUGUGAACUAAUUCCUCACACAAACACACAUGCAGUCAGUUUUGCUGUAGUUGACAAUGAGGAAAUGUGAAAUUGUUUGAAAAGAGAUUAGUAAAGACGCUAUUUUCAUACUGAC